AUGGCUUCCAAAGGUCCAAGGUCGAAGCUUGAUCAUGAGACCAGAGCUAAACGCCACAAGGCCCUUGAAGCUCCGAAUGAACCUCGUCGGCCAAAGGCUCAUUGGGAUCAUGUUUUAGAGGAGAUGAUAUGGCUUUCAAAGGACUUUGAGUCAGAGAGAAAAUGGAAAUUAGCUCAGGCGAAGAAGGUUGCUUUAAGAGCCAGCAAAGGCAUGCUAGAUCAAGCUACGAGGGGAGAAAAAAGAAUGAAGGAAGAAGAGCUGCGGUUAAAGAAGGUUGCCCUCAGUAUUUCAAAAGAUGUGAAGAAGUUCUGGCUGAAAAUAGAGAAGCUGGUGCUUUACAAGCAUCAGAUGGAACUUGAUGAGAAAAAGAAAAGGGCACUUGAUAAGCAGCUUGAGUUCCUUCUAGGGCAAACUGAGAGGUACUCAACAAUGUUGGCAGAAAAUCUUGGGGACAGUUACAAGCCUGUGCAGCAAUAUCCCAUACAAAAUCAACUGAGUAUUCAAUGCAAAGAGAUGGAUGAAAAUGAUAUUAACAAAUCAACUGAAUUUAAUGCUGAUCCUCAGUCAGAUACAGUAGACGGUGAUGAUGAUUAUGAUGUACAAUCAGAUGAUGGAACAGAAGAUGAUGAAUGCACUAUUGAGGAAGAUGAGGCUCUUUUUACUGAACAAGAAAGACAGGAAGAAUUGGCUGCUUUACAAAAUGAAGUAGAUCUUCCACUUGAGGAGUUACUCAAACAAUAUCCUAUGGAGAAAGUUAGCCCAGAAAGUAGUCCAGAAAAGGGUGAAGACGUCACAGAAAUGGCCUCAGCAGGGGAAGAUCAUGGUAUUUGUCCAGAAAAGGGUGAUGAUAGCGCAGAAAUGACUUCUGUGGGGCAAGAUCCUGGUACGUGUUCUGAAAAGGUUGAAGAUGAUGCAGAAAUGACCUCAGUUGGGGAAGAUCCUGGUAUGCGUCCUGAAAAGGUUGAAGAUGGCGCAGAAAUGACCUCAGUGGGAAAGGAUCCCGGUAUGCUUCCUGAAAAGGUUGAAGAUGGCACAGAAAUGACCUCAGUGGGGAAAGACCAUGGUGGACAAAGCGAUAUUUUUGUAGCCAGUAAGACUGAAAAAAUCAGCUCAGACAUUUUCACCGGUCGUCGUUGUGUGGAAAGUAAUGGUGGCUUGUCCACUUCAGAAACCCAUUUAUCAGAUAUUGAGAUAAAUGGAGCCAAAAAUAUUUCAGAAGCUUCUGCACAGCUUGCCAAGGGACAUGUGCGAUAUGAUUUUAAUGAUGAACAUGAAGAUGGUGACUUCAUUCUUGCUGCUGGAGAGGAAAAGGAUGAUGAGACAACUUUAUCAGAGGAGGAGGAACUGGCAAGAGCAGAUACCAGUGAUCCCAUGGAUGAGAUUGCCUUACUACAGAAGGAGAGUGAAGUUCCUUUAGAGGAACUGCUUGCAAGGUAUAAAAAGGAUUCAAACAGUGAUGAAGUUGCAGAUGGUGAAUCUGAAUAUGCCUCUGCUUUAUCAGAGGGAUUUGUGGAUUCUCCAUCUCUUGAAGAUGUUGAACCAAAGCAACAUGGUGUUUGUAUGGAUGAAGAUUAUGACUCUGGUGAGCACCAGCCGGCUCUUGAUUCUCCUACUGAAGAACAGAGUGCUAGGAUAGAUAAGAUAUCAGAAGGAGGAAAGGACAGUGAGAACAGACUUGAGGAUGCAGCCGCUGCUGCGAGAUCUGCACAACCAACUGGAAACACCUUCUCCACAACCCAAGUUCGCACAAAGUUCCCUUUUCUUCUUAAGUUCCCUCUACGUGAAUAUCAGCAUAUUGGCUUGGAUUGGCUUGUAACGAUGUAUGAGAAAAGACUGAAUGGGAUUUUAGCCGACGAGAUGGGGCUUGGGAAGACAAUCAUGACAAUUGCUUUGCUUGCACACCUAGCAUGUGAAAAGGGAAUAUGGGGUCCUCAUCUUAUUGUGGUCCCAACUAGUGUUAUGCUUAAUUGGGAGACUGAGUUUCUCAAAUGGUGUCCAGCUUUCAAAAUCUUAACUUAUUUCGGAAGUGCAAAAGAGCGCAAAUUGAAAAGGCAAGGCUGGUUGAAACCAAACUCAUUUCAUGUAUGCAUAACAACAUACAGACUGGUUAUUCAAGAUUCAAAAGUCUUCAAGCGUAAGAAGUGGAAAUACUUGAUUUUAGAUGAAGCCCAUCUGAUUAAAAAUUGGAAGUCACAGAGAUGGCAAACUCUUUUAAACUUCAAUUCCAAACGCCGCAUUUUGUUAACUGGUACUCCUCUGCAGAAUGAUCUCAUGGAACUUUGGUCUCUAAUGCAUUUCUUGAUGCCCCAUGUAUUUCAGUCCCAUCAGGAAUUCAAGGAUUGGUUCUGUAAUCCUAUAUCAGGGAUGGUUGAGGGGCAAGAAAAAGUGAAUAAGGAAGUUCUUGAUCGUCUACAUAAUGUCCUUCGGCCAUUCAUUCUCCGUCGUUUAAAACGAGACGUGGAGAAGCAGCUCCCUAUGAAACAUGAGCAUGUGAUAAACUGUAGACUCUCCAGGAGGCAGCGUAACUUGUAUGAAGACUUCAUUGCUAGCUCCGAAACACAAGCAACUCUUGCAAGUGCAAAUUUUUUUGGAAUGAUAAGUAUUAUAAUGCAACUUCGUAAAGUCUGCAAUCAUCCCGACUUAUUUGAAGGUCGUCCGAUUGUCAGUUCCUAUGAUAUGGCUGGUAUUUACACACAAUUGAGUUCUUCUGUAUGUUCAAUUCUUUCACCUGGACCCUUUUCUGCAGUAGACCUUAGGGGUUUGGGGUUUUUAUUUACUCAUCUAGAUUUUACCAUGACUUCUUGGGAGAGUGAUGAAGCGAAAGCUCUUGCUACUCCAUCAAGUUUAAUCAAGGAGCGUGUUGAACUGACUAACCUUGAAUAUAUUGGUGGAUUUAAACAUCGCAAGAAGUUGCAUGGAACAAAUAUUUUUGAAGAGGUUCAUAAGGCAAUUAUGGAGGAGAGACUAAGACAAGUGAAGGAACAUGCUGCAGCUACUGCAUGGUGGAAUAACUUGAGGUGCAACAGAAAGCCCAUAUACUCAACAAGCCUAAGGGAUCUUGUUACAAUAAGACAUCCUGUUUUUGACAUUCACUCUCACAAGGCUAAUCCUUUGUCCUACAUGUACUCCUCAAAGCUGGCUGAUAUAGUCCUUUCACCAGUGGAACGCUUUCAGAAAAUGAUUGACCUGGUUGAAAGUUUUCUGUUUGCAAUCCCUGCUGCUCGGGCGCCCCCACCUGUAUGUUGGUGCAGUAAGUCUGGAAGUUCUGUGUUUCAGAAUCCAGUUUAUAAGCAGAAAUGCACUGAAACCUUGUCACCACUUCUAUCACCACUCAGACCUGCAAUUGUCCGAAGGCAAGUAUAUUUUCCUGACAGGCGACUUAUACAGUUUGACUGUGGUAAGUUGCAAGAGCUUGCAGGUUUGCUUAGAAAACUGAAGUCAGAAGGUCACAGAGCAUUAAUAUUCACUCAGAUGACGAAGAUGCUUGAUAUCUUGGAGGCUUUCAUCAAUCUGUAUGGUUACACAUACAUGCGUUUAGAUGGGUCCACUCAGCCUGAGGAGAGGCAGACUUUAAUGCAGCGAUUUAACACAAAUCCCAAAAUUUUUCUUUUCAUAUUGUCAACCCGUAGUGGGGGUGUUGGAAUAAACCUAGUUGGGGCAGAUACUGUUAUCUUUUAUGAUAGUGAUUGGAAUCCUGCUAUGGACCAACAAGCUCAAGAUCGAUGCCACCGUAUUGGACAGACACGUGAAGUUCAUAUUUAUCGGUUGAUCAGUCAGAGCACCAUUGAAGAAAAUAUCCUGAAGAAAGCAAAUCAGAAGCGUGCGCUUGAUGAUCUAGUUAUACAAAGUGGGGGAUACAACACUGAAUUCUUCAAAAAGCUUGAUCCUAUGGAGCUUUUCUCUGGUCAUAGGGCACUUCCUGUUAAGAAUAUGCAAAAGGAGAAAAAUCACAACACAACUGAGGUUUCUCUAUCCAAUGCUGAUCUCGAAGCUGCUCUAAAGCAUGCAGAAGAUGAAGCCGAUUACAUGGCAUUAAAGAAAGUUGAGCAGGAGGAAGCUGUUGACAAUCAAGAAUUUACAGAAGAAGCCAUUGUGAGAUUGGAAGAUGAUGAAUUAGUAAAUGAGGACGACAUGAAGGUUGAUGAAACUGUUGAGCAGGGUGGCUGGACGACCUCUUCAAACAAAGAAAAUGGAAUAACGUUGAAUGGGAGUGAUUCUAAUGAUGAAAGAGCUCUUACUGUUGCUUGUAGAGAAGAUGAUGUGGACAUGCUGGAUGAUGUCAAACAGAUGGCUGCAGCAGCAGGACAAGAAAUCUCAUCAUUUGGCAAUCAAUUACGUCCAAUAGAUAGGUAUGCAAUUCGUUUUCUGGAAUUGUGGGACCCAAUUAUAGACAAAACAGCAGUGGAAUCUCAGGUUAGAUUUGAGGAGACGGAAUGGGAACUAGACCGCAUUGAAAAAUACAAGGAGGAAAUGGAAGCUGAGAUUGAUGAAGAUGAGGAACCUCUUGUAUAUGAAACAUGGGACGCUGAUUUUGCAACUGAGGCAUAUCGUCAGCAGGUUGAGGCUUUGACUCAGCAUCAGUUGAUGGAGGAACUGGAAUAUGAAGCCAAGGUGAAGGAAGAUGAAGCAGACGAAAAUUGUGAUCCUAUGAAGAAUGAGAUGCCAAGUGAUCCUAAACCCAAGCCUAAGAAGAAAUCGAAGAAAGCCAAAUUUAAAUCUCUGAAGAAACGAUCUCUAGCUUCUGAACUGAAACCUGUGAAAGGAGAUCUUCAAGUGGAACCUAUGUCCAUAGAUGAAGACUCCAUCUCUUAUGAGAUGGUUACCUAUUCCGAUAUGGAAUCACCUCGUUCAAUUGUCAAGAGAAAACGUAAGAAGGCUGAAUCUAGACCAUUUGGUGAAGAGAAGACUUCAAAGAAAAAAUCAAAGAAACUCAAGAAGUCUACUCUUGAAAUUUGUCCUUCGGAGUUUGAUACUAACCUCUCUACAAUGGAGCAUGAUGAAGUUACAGAGUCAAAACCAAGUGAGAGUGUGGUUGAUUUUGAGCAUAAACCAGUUAGUAGAAGCAAGAUGGGAGGGAAAAUAUCUAUCACUUCCAUGCCUGUAAAGCGUGUUCUCAUGAUAAAACCAGAGAAGUUAAAGAAGGGCAACAUUUGGUCUAGAGAUUGUAUUCCACCACCAGAUUUUUGGUUGUCACAAGAGGAUGCGAUAUUGUGUGCUGUUGUACAUGAGUAUGGUCCUUAUUGGAGCUUGGUUAGUGACAUACUUUAUGGAAUGACUGCUGGUGGGUUUUAUAGGGGAAGAUAUCGCCAUCCUGUCCAUUGCUGUGAGAGAUUUAGAGAACUCAUCCAAAGAUAUGUUUUGUCUACACCAGACAAUCCUAAUUAUGAAAAAGUUAAUAAUAUAGGAUCUGGAAAGGCUCUUCUAAGAGUAACAGAGGAUAAUAUUCGAAUGUUAUUAAAUGUUGCUGCUGAGCAGCCCAAUAGAGAGUUUGUCAUUCAGAAACACUUCACUGCCCUGCUUUCAUCUGUCUGGAAGGUGACAUCUCGCAAAGAUCGCCGAAAAAAUCUCCCAUCAUCCUGGAAUGGUCUAUAUUCUGGUGGAAGCUUUUUUAGUUCCUCUAACCAAAUUUCUCAGACUUCCAUGAAGGAACGUACAGAAAGAAUGAAGUUGAGCACUUUUGGGCACGGUACCAAGUUGAUAGCCGCUGCACUUAAUGAUGCCAGCAGCAGGCAGGAGGAUGGCAGAGUCUUUCGUCCCAACCUGGGGAAAGAUUCAGCAACGGAUGCAGAGCGGUUGGAUAUAACUUUGGAAUUUCAGGGAGGGAAAGAUGACUCCAUGGAUGCAUUGCCAUCUGUUAUAAAUUUAUCAGUAUCCGAUUCAGACCCUUUGCCCUUGUUAAGUCAAGCUACAGAAGAUCAUCAUCUUCGAAACUCCAGCAAUGAUCAGUGCGAAGAUUCCUGUGAUGUAAAUUUGGCUGAGAACCGUUUCAGGACUGCAACAAGAACUUGCAUUGAAGAUACCAUGGGGUGGGCUGCAUCUGCAUUCCCAACAAAUGAUAUCAGGUCUCGGUCAGUGUCAAAGCCACCAACCACGGGAAAGCACAAACUUGUCUUCUCUGAUUCAGUUAGACCUUCCAAAUCGAAGAUCAGAAAAAGUUCAGUAGAGCAUGGUGAGAUGCGUAGCUUUAUUACUGAGCAGGUAUUUCAACCUUUGCCAAUGGCUGCACCCAUGAAUCCCAUUCCAAGGUUUGACCUGAAUAUGCCUGUCAACGAGGAUGUUGGAAUUGAUGAUUUGGGAGACAAUUCUUAUUCUUACAUUGACAAGUCUUUGUUGGAAACGGAGGACUUUGGAGUUCUCCCACAUGAAUAUGUUCCUGGCUUGAUUGGAGGCCUUGAUGAUGAACUAUUGCCAGAAUAUAUUGACAUUGGGUAA